UCAAAUAUAUGACUCGAAAGGCAGGAGAGGAGACGCAAACAAUGGACGAGACUUCUGCACGGACACACUGCUGAUGAAUCUAUUUGCUCCCUGGAAGUAAAAAAAAAAAAAGAACAUUACAGAUAGUUUAAAUAGUCUUGUUUCAGUCAGUUAAAUCGAUUUUUAUCUGGACUUUCACCGCCACAACAAAACGAGGUCAUCAUGCCCCCUACAACUCCUUAUGCAGGAAAGUUCAACUCCUGCCCUCCAUACAAUAACAACAACCAUGCUCAACCUCAGAGUCCGUACCGCAGCAACACGGCCCCGAAACCUUCAAGAGAGAACAUUUACAACGGGGCCUAUUCGACAGCAGAAAACCCCUACGAUGUCCCACAACCUCAGGCUGCGUAUCGUAGCUCCUCGGUCUCAUCUGUGACUGGGAAGGAGCAUCAUUACAACAGCAGCUGCACGAUUUCGGAUAACCUGUACUCCUCGCCGCAGCCUCACAGCCCUCGCCAGCACAGCCCUCGCCAACACAGCACUUCCUGUCCGGGACGAGCGUACCGUCACACGAGCAGCUGCGGCAGCGACCAGUCCGGUCGUAACAACGGGGCCUCGACAAAAGCUCGACUUUACGGACAUGGAAUCACUACCAGCUAUGGGGAGAUGUGUUACCAUGACAACAGUUUGGUUUCAGCUUCUCUUGAGGCGUUGAUCCAGCACCUGGUUCCAACUGUGGACUACUACCCUGAUAGGUCAUAUGUGUUCACGUUCCUGCUGAGUUCACGCCUCUUCCUGCACCCGUACGAGCUCAUGACGAGGGUUUGUCACCUGUGUGUGGAGCAGCAGCGUUCCGGAGACGCUCUGCUGGAUAAGAUUCGCUUCCGGGAUGUUGCGCCCAAACUGGUCCAGCUUUUGACUGAGUGGACAGAGACGUUUCCAUAUGACUUCAGAGACGAGAGGAUGAUGCGCUGCCUUAAAGACAUGACGCUCCAAGUGGCCCGAGGGGAUGAGUACUCAUGGCGAGCCAUGCAGCAGAUGACUCAGCGGCUCAUCAAGCGCCUGUCUGCCCUCGGCCAGUACGAGGAGGCCGUGGCUGCUCUCAACGCUGUGGCACAGGAGCGACCAGCUUCACUGAAAAGCAAACAGGCUUCAGCUCAGCGAAGUGACAUACUGAGCAUGUGCGACGAUCCUUUCAUCCUUGCCCAGCAGUUAACACACAUUGAACUGGACAGACUGAGCUUUAUCGGUCCUGAGGAGUUCAUCCAGUCAUUCGCCAUGAAGGAUCCUCUGGACAACCAUAAGGGUUUUUUCCGGAAACGUAAAACAAGCAACCUCGAGGCCUACGUCAACUGGUUCAACCGGCUGAGCUUCCUAGUGGCUACUGAGAUUUGUAUGCCGGCAAAGAAGAAGCACAGAGCGCGGAUCAUAGAGUUUUUCAUCGACGUGGCUCAGGAGUGUUUCAACAUUGGCAACUUUAACUCUCUCAUGGCUAUAAUCACUGGGAUGAACAUGAGUCCCGUCGCCAGACUGAAGAAAACCUGGAACAAAGUCAACACGGACAAGUUUGAAAUCCUGGAGCACCAGAUGGACCCAUCCAGUAACUUCAGUAACUACCGCACUGCGCUUCGUGGCGCCACCCAGAGGUCUGAGACCGCACACAGCAGCCAGGAGAAGAUUGUGAUUCCUUUCUUUAGUCUCCUCAUUAAAGAUAUCUACUUCUUGAAUGAAGGCUGUGCCAACAGGCUGCCAAACGGACACAUCAACUUUGAGAAACUGUGGGAGCUCGCGAAACAGGUGAGCGAGUUCCUGGUUUGGCGUCAGGUCAUUUGCCCAUUCGACAGAGAACGCCGCAUCCUUCAGUAUCUUGUCACAACACCUGUUUAUACUGAAGACGAGCUGCAUCUGGCUUCAUACGAGAGUGAAGGACCUGAGAACAACAUCGAGAAAGACAGUCGGAGGUCUCUUAGAUCUUCCCUUCUCCAUCGAGAGAAUCGAUCUUAAGAAAAAGACUUUACAUUUUGUUAAUAAACGAGGCGUUUUCUUCAUUCCUGUCUUCGUGGUCAAAGUUUACACCAUCCGUGCUCAGUGGAACAAUGGACGCAGCUUGGUUGUCCUCACACACGAGACAUUUAAGCUUUCAAGGAACAUGAACGACUCGUAAAGCAGAAACACGAUCAAGUUUAUUGAGCGUCUGAGACAUUAUGAACCUCUGAGCUGUAAUGAGUUUAACCCAGUGAUACAAGAAGAACUUGAAUUAUUAUUAUUAUUUGAAAGCUUUGCUCUGUCUGAAAGAACCUGCAGGAAAUAAACGGACUCGCAGAUUUACAUUUGUAACAAAAUGGCUAACCACCAAGGCGACUUCAGAAAAGUUCACACUUCAGAUCAGCAGAUUUUCUUUUGGAAUGAAAGAUUUAUGGACUUGAUCAUCACCACUGCUCCACACGAUGGACCUGAAAACCACAGAACCUUUAAAAAAAAAGACUAAACCGAUGGUGAUGUGUGGUUUAAAUUAGGAGCUGUGAAGUGCUGUUUUACUUGGAGUCGCUCAUUUUUUAAUUGAAAGUCAGAGCGGCAGCCACAGACUCAUGGAAGCACAUCCUCUGUCUGUGCACGGCAUUUUCUCUGCAUUUGAACAUCUCGCGUCUGCACUUUGACUAGCUGUGAUGCAAAAUUGUGCAAGUGGCAACAACAUCAUACAAAAUCAACAAAGCAAAUGCACGUCAGUGUGUUUUUGUGGAUUAUAGCAUUCUGUGACUGUUUGCACCAGUCUUUUCAUGUUUAUGGCAUUAAGCUGCAUUUUAUAUCAAAAGCCUAUAAUGUGCUUUAUUUUUAAUUAUGGGUUUCACAAUGAGCUUGUUGCUGGUUGGCUGGCUCUGUGAUCGAAGCUUUUAUACCAGUUCAUGUAUUACAAAACAAGAAAGUAUUUGUGGAAAGAAUGAAGCACAAACUGAUGUAUAUUUGUGUGCGUACCUUUAUUUUUUUAAGCUUGCGAUCAUGUGAGAGUGAAGUUUGAAUAUCCAGCUACAAGUGAAAGUGACGCUUCGUUGUGUUUUAAAGGCACUCCUUUAACGUGUCUUUAUUGUGUCAUUGGACGAUUUUUGUGCAUCUUUUGUGUUAGAAGGGGGGUACUUGUAAUAAAAUAAAUUGAACGACA